GGAACUCUGGUGAUCCCUGCUGCUCACACUUGUCACCAUGCUGGCAGAAGGCAUCCUAAUGAGGCUCAUCUAUAGAGAAAGCUGUCAUCAAGAUAAGCCUCGCAAAUCCCCUGCAUCCCAAAAGGCUAAAGAGGGAAUCUGGAGACAGAAACUUGUAGACAUCCCAAAAAUUAAAGGCUUUGCUGAGGGAUGUGAGAAGCGGGAGGAGCUCUCUGCCAGAAGCAGCAAAGUGGAAGCCGGGAGCAGCCCCCGAUGGGGAUCCAUGGAAAAGGAGCCUGGGAAGGAUCAGGAAAUGCUGCUUAAAGGAGCUGCAUCCCCAGCUGUACAUAUCCCCAGGAGAGGAGGGAGCCUAGACCAGGUGGAUUUGUACAGAUCCUGGCCAUGCAACAGCAUUUACCAGAACUACCCUGACCUGCAGAUCGGGGGGGACCGUGUGGGGGGCCACACGUGUGACUCGGGCUGUGUCCUGGACCACGUGUGUGAUGAGCUCCCCGACGGCCCCGUCCUGCUCUCCAUAGAUAUUCCCCUGGGUCAGUCCCCUCUCUGUGAGCAUCCCAAAAAGCCCAGUGGGAUGUCCCUGCCUGGAGAUGAAGCUGGAGAAAGGAGCCUCCUGCUCAGUGAGGAGCCCCUGUCCAACUCCACGCUCAACAAGUACAUGGAAGCCAAAGUGGCUGAGCUCUACAAACAGUUUUUUGAAGAAAGCCUGGCCAGGUGUGGUUCCAUAACAAACCUCCUGACUUGCAGCUGGAUAAGGAACAGCCUGGACCAGAUAAGUGUUCAGAUCUCCCAGGAGCAGAACAUAGAAACCUCCAAAGCCAGAGGAGCCCUCUUGCACUCGUUGGCUUUGUUCAGCUCCCGCAACGCUCCCAACAGGAACAGCUCCGAGUUCAGCACCCCAAACCUCCAAAUCUCCAACACAGGGGUUGCAAAAUGGAGCUGCAGGAUGGAAUUCACAUCCUGA